CCGCGAGUGGGCGCCGACGGGGACCCCGCGGGCGGCCCGCGCCGGGCGUUCGCCCUCCUGGAAGCUCCAGAGGGCCCCCAGACCUCGGCCGACUGAACAGAAACUGCUUUCCCAUUGAUUCGACCCGGCCGGGCGAGCGGCCGGGUGCGUGUGCCCGAGCGCGUGCGGAAGGCAGAAGGGCAGGAAGUCGGUCUCUGGCAGCCAGGGUGGCGGCACCGCGCAAGGGACGCAGCCUUCCUUAUUUAUGUGUCUGCCGGCAUUUGCCUUCUUCGCCCGAAGACUUCAGGGAGCGUCUCGGAGCUGCGUUCCCCGCGUGUGAGGCACGGGAAGGGCUGGAUGUCUGAACAACAUGCUUAUCCAUUAACCUCCAAACUUUCCUUUUUUUAACCCAAAGAAUAUCGGUGAUUUUUGUUCACUGCUCGCAGAAGAGAGAACCUAGGGCCCUUGAAAUGCAGCAAAAUCCUUAUUUAUAAAGUGGCCCCGCGGUAGUGAUAUGCGAACCCCCCGGACUCAGUGAAUCUUCUAUCCUAUGGAUACCGGUCUUGGGAUUUGAGAUUGAAGAUCUGUACUGUCUGCACUGGGUCCGGCGGCCUCCAUCCUGUCAAUGCCCAGCUUCCCCUGGGACUGCUGGUCUUCCCUGGAGAUCAGAGCGGUCCUGUGUGCCAUGGGCUGCAUUCAGAGCAUCGGAGGCAAAGCCAGAGUCUUCCGGGAAGGCAUCACGGUGAUCGAUGUGAAGGCCUCUAUCGACCCCAUCCCCACCAGCAUCGAUGAGUCCUCCAGCGUGGUGCUCCGCUACCGGACACCCCACUUCCGUGCCUCGGCCCAGGUGGUCAUGCCGCCCAUCCCCAAGAAGGAGACCUGGAUAGUUGGCUGGAUUCAGGCGUGCAGCCACAUGGAGUUCUACAACCAGUAUGGGGAGCAGGGCAUGUCCAGCUGGGAGCUCCCGGACCUCCAGGAAGGCAAGAUCGAGGCCAUCAGCGACUCGGACGGGGUAAACUACCCGUGGUAUGGUAACACGACAGAGACCUGCACCAUCGUGGGCCCCACCAAGAGAAACUCCAAGUUCAUCAUCAGCAUGAACGAUAACUUCUACCCCAGCGUCACGUGGGCCGUGCCCGUCAGCGAGAGCAAUGUGGCCAAACUGACCAACAUCUACCGGGACCAGAGCUUCAUCACGUGGCUGGUGGCCACCAACACCUCGACCAACGACAUGAUCAUCCUGCAGACCCUGCACUGGCGCAUGCAGCUGAGCAUCGAGGUGAACCCCAGCCGGCCCCUGGGCCAGCGCGCCCGGCUCCGGGAGCCCAUCGCCCAGGACCAGCCCAAAAUCCUGAGCAAGAACGAGCCCAUCCCACCCAGCGCCCUGGUCAAGCCCAACGCCAACGACGCUCAGGUCCUCAUGUGGCGGCCCAAGUUCGGGCAGCCGCUGGUGGUGAUCCCGCCCAAGCACCGGUAGCGGCCGGGGGGGCGGUGGGGGGCGCCCGCGGGGCGACACCCGGAUGAGGACACCGCUCAAGCGACCCCCCACACAGACUCUGCGGUCAUUCAGCGAAAUACAACCUUUCUACCUUCUCUGGCGGGGCGGAUCUCACUGUGCGAAUGCCCCUGGGAUGGCCCCACCCCACCCCGCUCCGCCCCCGCCCUUCUGGAACCUGCUUUCCUCGGGGAGGGGGGAGACCCAGGCGGGACCGACCCCCUAUGUGCACCCUCAGGGUCACCCUGGGUCUCCUUUCCUCUCCUCGCAAAAUCAUUCAUUUGCAACAGACACCCUGAAACAACUGCUUUUUCUGUUCUUUUUUUAAAAAAACGCCUCUUCACGAGGUUCAGGGUCUGAGGAGGAGCUGGUGAUGAGCCUGGUGGGUGCGGCGGGCCCCUCCAGGGGAAAGACACCCCCCCCCCCCCUUGUCCUCCGUCUUGCGGCCUUAUGUAGACUUGCUUUGCCAAACUUUUGCCUUAAGCUGAUUUUAAAGGAAAAAAAAAACCUGGAACAAAGAAAGCAGGAUCUCUUUUCUACUGGACUUCGUAUCUUCUGCCAGAGGCAAGGGAGGAGGGGGUGGGGAAAGAGAGAGAUGCCCCCGAGCCCCUCCUCCUGGGUAUUGCCCAGGUGGUCGGGGGUACCAAGGUAGAUCUAAAACCAGCUGCUCAUUCUUUCGUUUUAGCUGAGCCGAAACCACAGACAGAUUCUGCCCCCAAAGUCCCUUCUCUCUGCCCCAGGUAGAACCCCAUCCUCGACCCCCUGCCUGCAGAGGGGCUCUGAGCUCGGUCGGGCCCACGGUCCCGUGUCCCACCUCUCUCCACGGCAGCCAAAACUUGCCUUGGGUGGGGCUGGGAGGAGAGAGGGCGGGUCCUGUGAGUUGCAGGUAAGAACCCGGGGAAUUUCCAGCAUCUUGGUCCUUGGAUGGGUCUGUUGGCACAUCUCAGCUUUUCUCUUUCCAUCCAUACUGGUCCCCGAUGCCUGGAGGGGGCCAGCCACCCUCCCCAGCUGUAGUUCAGAGGUAAAAGGGCCUGCACCUCCUUGCAGCAUCUUCUCAGGGGACGCCCCUCCCAGAUACUCUGGGGGGGCGCUGCUGCAGACAGGCUCCAGAAGGCAGACCCCCGCUGCCUGUCCUCACAGAAGGGAACGAGGGCCCCCCUAGCUGGGGGAUGGUAGUAGGCCUGGGCCCUCUGGAGCCCCAGGACCUGGUCCUGAGUGACACCAAGCUUUGUUUUUUUGUUUUUUUUCAUCAGCAACGUCUGCUGCUUGCAGGAGCUGAGGGAACACCCAGCUGAAGCCCCCUUCCUCCAAGCUUGCUAGACUCACAGCGACAUCACCUGGGUCCCUCAUUCUAACCAAUCAUAGUCAAGCACAGAAAACUGUCAGAUGAUGGAAACAAGGCAUUUCUGCUACAGAUGAGCCACUUGGAGGAGCCCCAGUGACUGUGGGAGGGUGUGGGUCACUGAGUCCUCGUUCUGCUCCUUUAUCCAUGGGAUACUGCAUUUAUUCAAGGGGUGCUUUACUGCCCAGCCAUCUCCCGAGCCCGCUCCUGAUGGGAGGCGGGCAGCUCUCCUGGAACCACUGGAUGGGGGAGAACUUGGUGUGGCCGGCGGCCCACCUGGUGCUCGGGGACCCCUGUCAGGCCCCGGGGUUGGGGGGGAUUGGGGGGAAAUGGCCAGCUUCCCUUGGGUGUGUUUGGAGGGAUGCCUGCCACCCAGAGAGGCCACAGCCUCCAGCGAGGGGGAUGUGAUGGGUCCCAGGCCCCCUGCUCUGGGGACAAGCUGUGGAGGGGCCGGGGUGGUGAAGUCCAGCUGCCAUGGACAGGACCUGGCCUCUAGGCGGCGAGGCCCUUCUCUGCACUCAGGUCUUUCUUGCACUAAAAAGGAGAGAGGGCUCUGGGCGAGGGGUCAGGAACCGGAGUGCUGCUUCUGGGCUGGGCCAUCGCUGAGGUGUUCUGACGGGAGGAGGGGUGGUCCUGAGCUGUUUGGGGGCAGCGUCUCCCAAGCCCACUGCCCCUGAGAGGGAGCAGGGCCCUCUCGGAGGCCAUCACUGCUCUGGCUGCCUCCACCCUACCUCCAUGCCUACCGCAUGCCUGGGCCCCCAGUCAGCUUGCUGCCUGGCUCACCCCCCAUCCUCUACUCCUCGCCCCUUUCUCUCUACCCCUCCCGGCCUUUCUAAAGACAGGGCUGGGAUGACCCUGGGGAGGCUGGAGGUCCGGCUAAGGAUGCUCGACUUAGCCUGGGUCUGGUCCCUCAGCCUCUCGGGUCAGGAGCACAGACCCAGGCUUCUCACCUGGGCUCCCCCCAUCCCUCCGGUGUCCCCACUCCCCGGCGUGGACACACUCCUUCAGCAAUAAGGACCAUCCACGGUCGUGGAGAGUACUGUGAAAGCAAACCAGUGCACUUACCAGGAGGCACAAGACUCUUGAAAAAAAAAAAAAUGUACCGUGAACCUUUUUAAAACAACAGCAACAAAUACAAAGAGAAAUAAAAUGUAAUUUUAAAGUAGG